AUGUCAUUUCCAACUCUUCUAGUCCGUCCGAACGAGAAGAAUCCGAAAUUUCUCCGUCAAUCCAACCAGCUCGUCGAGCGCAAUUUAAUCAACGCGGAAGGGAGAAAAAUGUUGGCGAAAAUGCUGGCGACGAUGGUUGCAGAAGUGAAAGGUAUAUACGCGUUGGAUGAGAAGAGAGCAGAACUCACAAAAAGCGGAAUACUGUUCGAAAAACUGAAAUUAGCUCACCAAACUUCGAGAGAUGUCAUGGAAGAUCGGUAUUCUUUGGCGGAACUCGGGCGGCAGGUUCAAGAGAAGAAGUUGGAUGUUCAGCGAAACUACUACGAAUGCGAUCAUCUUCGAAAGUCGGUGCAAACAACCAAUGCUGAAGUUCGCCGGGAGAGGGAAUCGAACGAGAAACGUCUCAAUAAAACGAAAACGUCGACAGAAACGUUGAUUGCGAAAAGUGCUUCGAUAUUGAAGCUGCUCGAGAAUUCUACGGAUGUUUGCAAAUUGCGAACAAUGGAAGAAGAGAAACGGAUUCUUUUAGAGGAAGUCGAUGAGUUGAGAGACGAAAAGAAAGCUCUCGCUGAUGAUAUUCAUACUAAGAAGGCUACUUUGAAAGCCGAGUCGAAGAAACCUUUCAAAAAGAUGGUGAUCGAGUGUGCGAAACACUACGCUUUAUGUGAAACGCUCACUCCGAAGCUUAUAAAAUCGAAGAAAAACUUGCAGCUUCUGAAGGAAGAAGAGGAGAGCCGAAGAGCUUGUGGAAGUCUGGACGAGACGAUGCAAUUCGAUCGGUCGUUUGUUCUGGCUUCGAUGGAUAAAGACACAACUGCUGAGAACACUUCUCGUAACGCUGCCGCUCAUAACGAGUCUGUACAAAAAUCUUCCUCUCGAUCGACUUCAUUCAACGAAAGUAUUCAACAAAAUCAGACAAUGGAAGUUGAAGAAGAACAAGAUGCCUCACAUCACAGUGAAAAUUCACGCGAUGGAAGUACCGAAAUGCCGCCUGUCCCAGUUGAAACGACACCGACCCCUGUGGUCGUUCCAAAGCCUACUCCAGCGGUGUCGAAGGUGGCUCCAGUAGUAGCAAAACCAGCUCCUGUAGUAGCGAAGCCAACUCCAGUAGUAACGAAACCAGCUCCAAUUACUGCAAAGCCGGCUCCCGUAGUAACAAAAUCGUAUUCAGUGGCUACAAAGCCUGCUCCAGUAGCUGCAAAUCCACCUGAAGCUACUCCAAAACGUCGUGAGAGUAUGGUGGAAACGCAAAGAGUUAUACCAAGAGAACCAAGUCCAGAGCCAGAAGAAGAACCAGAAGAGGAAGAUGCAAAUCGUUCCGUCGAUGUUAUGGAUCAGGGAGAGGAUCAAGAAGAAGACGUCGAACCGAUGGAAACAGAAGAACAACCGGAUGUCGUGAUUCCACCGUCUCCCGCUCCACAUGAAAAUGUAGAUAUUAAACCAUCGGCUCCCGAAGUUCUUGAUAUCAGUCACCAAGAAGAUAGUCAGAACGAUGUGGAGAUGCGAAUCGAUGAUGACGAGGUAUUGAGUGAGAACGGGUCGAGUCGAAGCGCCAGUUUCAAUUUCAACUUUUUCGGAAACACAAAAGGAGGAGCUGGAGAGGUUGUUGCGAAUGAUACAGACGGAAACUUCGAUUUCAACUUUGGCGGCGGUGACGACGUGUCAACGAACGGAUCCGGCGGCGCUUUCGACUUUCUAAAUUGUGGCGGAGGAGACGAAGGACAAUCGAAUAAUAAUGAUGCAGAUCCAUUCGGUUUCGGAGCGAAUACCGGUGGAACUGGAGGUGGCGAUAUGUCGUUCAACUUCAAUUUUGACGGUGAUAAUGAAGGAGGAACCAGUUCGGGCGCCGGUGGAAAUAGCACUUCUUUCUUCAACUUUUAG